AUGGCGGCUGGCUCGAUCGAAAUCCCACUCCGGGAUACAGACGAAGUGAUCGAGCUUGAUUUAGACCAGCUGCCAGAAGGAGAUGAAGUUCUCAGUAUUUUACGACAGGAAGUGGCUCCACUGCACAUCUGGGUCACUCUUGCUCUGGAAUAUUACAAAUCCAAUUACGUAGAAGAUUUUGUGAAGAUUCUAGAUGCAUCCCGAACAGAUGCAGGACUUGACUACCACAAUUUUGAGCGUGACCAGAUGCGAGCCCUUGACACCUUGGCAGCAUACUAUGUACAGAAGGCCCAUAAAGAGAAGAACAAGGACAAAAAGAGAGAACUCUUUACCCAGGCCACUCUCCUCUACACCACAGCUGACAAAAUCAUCAUGUAUGAUCAGAGCCAUCUGUUGGGAAGAGCAUAUUUCUGUCUGUUGGAAGGAGACAAGAUGGACCAGGCUGAUGCACAGUUUAACUUUGUGUUGGGACAGACCAGUAACAACAUUCCAUCAUUACUGGGGAAAGCCUGUAUUGCCUUUAACAAAAAGGAUUUCAGAGGAGCACUGGCUUACUACAAGAAAGCUUUAAGGACAAAUCCCAGCUGUCCAGCAUCUGUCAGACUAGGGAUGGGGCACUGCUUCGUCAAACUUAACAAACUAGAAAAAGCAAGAAUGGCAUUUGAGCGAGCUCUUCAGUUAGAUCCUCAGUGUGUAGGGGCACAAGUGGGGCUGGCAAUCCUUGAGGUGAAUGCCAAGACACAAGAAUCCAUUAUGGCUGGUGUUCAGCUCCUUUCCAAGGCCUACACCAUUGACUCCUCCAACCCCAUGGUCCUCAACCACCUUGCCAACCACUUUUUUUACAAAAAGGAUUACCAAAAAGUGCAGCACCUUGCACUACAUGCCUUCCACAACACAGAAAAUGAAGCCAUGAGGGCAGAGAGUUGCUACCAGCUGGCACGUGCUUUCCAUGUACAGAAUGAUUAUGACCAGGCUUUCCAGUAUUAUUACCAGUCUACCCAGUUUUCUCCCUCUAACUUUGUCCUCCCAUUCUUUGGUCUGGGACAGAUGUACAUCUACCGUGGAGACAAUGAAAAUGCCUCUCAGUGUUUUGAAAAAGUCUUGAAGAUUCAACCAGGAAACUAUGAGACUAUGAAGAUCCUUGGCUCAUUGUAUGCGAACUCUCAGGACCUUGGGAAACGAGAUAUUGCCAAGCAACAUUUGAAGAAAGUAACAGAGCAGUUUCCAGAUGAUGUGGAGGCUUGGAUAGAACUUGCCCAGAUAUUGGAACAGACUGAUGUUCAGGGUGCCUUGUCUGCAUAUGGAACUGCUACAAGGAUUCUUAAAGAGAAAGUUGAAGCAGAUGUACCACCAGAAAUCCUCAACAAUGUAGCAGCCCUCCACUUCAGACUUGGUAAUCUACAGGAGGCCAAGAAAUGUUAUGAAGCGUCUUUGGAACGAUCAAAGAGUGACGCUCAACAUGAUGAGACAUAUUACAGUGCUAUCUCAGUAACAACAACUUAUAACCUGGCUAGACUGCAUGAGGCCACUCAUGAGUAUGAUGAGGCUGAGAGACUUUACAAGAACAUUCUACGAGAACAUCCCAACUAUGUUGACUGUUAUCUGCGACUUGGUUGUAUGGCUAGAAAUCGGGGCCAGAUUUACGAAGCCUCUGAUUGGUUCAAAGAAGCAUUGCAGAUCAACCAGGAUCACCCAGAUGCUUGGUCUUUGAUUGGAAACCUUCACUUGGCAAAGCAGGAGUGGGGACCUGGACAGAAGAAGUUUGAACGUAUCAUUAGUCGGCCAAACACCAAGAAUGAUGCAUACUCACUGAUAGCCCUCGGCAAUGUGUGGCUGUCUUCACUCCAUCUGCCAAUGAGAGACAAAGACAAGGAAAAGCGUCACCAGGACAGAGCCCUUGCUAUGUACAAACAAGUGCUGAGGAAUGAUGACCACAACAUCUGGGCAGCUAAUGGCAUAGGAUGUGUCCUUGCUCACAAGGGUUGUAUCAACGAAUCUCGUGAUGUUUUUGCCCAGGUACGUGAGGCAACUGCAGACUACUGUGAUGUUUGGCUGAAUAUUGCCCAUAUCUAUGUGGAGCAGAAACAGUUCGUGGCUGCUGUACAGAUGUAUGAGAACUGCCUUAAGAAGUUUUACAAAUACCACAACAUGGAGGUGAUGGUUUAUCUGGCUAGAGCCUACUACAAGUGUGGCCGUCUCCGUGAGUGUAAGAACAUCUUACUUAAGGCACGCCAUGUUUCCCCAAGUGACACUGUACUUCUGUACAAUAUUGCCCUGGUACAGCAAAAGUUAGCCACUUCAAUACUGAAGGAUGAGAAGAGUAGUCUGAAAACAGUCCUGUGUGCUGUCCGAGAUCUGGAACUUGCUCAUAAGUACUUCAGCUAUCUCAGUCAACAUGGAGACCGGAUGAAAUUCGAUCUAGCGCAGGCUGAAGCAGAAGCCAGGCAAUGUUCCGAUUUGCUCAGUCAGGCUCAGUAUCAUGUAGCACGAGCACGCAAGAUUGAUGAAGCAGAGAGGGAAAUGAGGAAGAGACAUGAGCAAGAACGAGAGGCUAUCAGAGAGAAGCAUAGACAAGAUGAGGAAGAAAAGCAAAAGGUCCGGGUAGAGAAGGGCCGUCGUAUGAUGGAGGAAAGAGCCAAGAUUGUGGAGAAGGCCAAAAAGAUUGCCCUGGAACCAGAAGUGGAAGAUAAACCCCGCAAAAGUGUGGGCAGGAAGAAGAAGCACAAUGACGAUGGUGAAAUUCUGUCAGAAAGUGGUGAUGAAGCACCGAGGAGGAAGAGGAAAAAGAGGCUAGACAGUGGCUCGGAAGGUGAAGGGGAAAGAGACAGAGGCAAGAAGAAACGCAAGAGAGCAUCCGGAAAGUCGAGGAGAGGAGGUGGAGAUGACAGUGAUGAUGAGGAUGAUGAUCGACCAGCAAGGAAACGUAAGGGCAAGAAGGAAAAAGUAUCAAAGAAGAAAUUGGAUGAGGAUGGACUCACAGCUAAACAACGCAGGAAGGUCGUCUCCAAGGAGAUCAUAUCAUCAAGUGAAGGGUCCGAUUCUGAAGGGGCACGCCGACUCAAAAUUGAUGAUCCUGGCAGUGACUCUGAGCAGGAAGAUGGUGUUGGAAGGAAGCGAAGAAUCCUCUCCUCUGCUAGCAGUGAUGAGGGUAGUGGUUCAGACAAUGACAGACGUGGCUCUGGUUCUGACAGUGGAAGAUCACGCCGAAGUUCAAGAUCUGGACGACGCUCUGGCUCAGGAUCCAGUUCAGAGAGAGGUUCACCUCGUAGGUCAGGAAGCGAAUCUGAUGGAGGGAGAAAAAGUGGAUCAGGCAGUGAGUCAGACGGAGGCCGAAAAUCACCUGCAGGGUCAAGAAGUGGAAGUGAGGCUGGUUCCGCACCAGGAUCACCGGCUGGUUCUGGAAGUGGUGGUGGAUCACCAGCUGGUUCCGAGGACAGUGAUUGAUAUAAGACAUGUUGUGGUAUGCUGCAGAACCUUAUGUGAGACACUUAUCUGAGGCUGAUGGAAGUGUAUCCUACUUCAGUGGAUUGAAUUUUGAGGGUCUCUAUGGUGGAAUGAAUUUAUUGAUAUAUGGUAUUAUGUAUCAGGGGUCACUGUGGCCGAGUUCUGAAUGCAUCUGGCAUCUUUGCCACUAAGCCUUCACUUCUGGGUUGCUUUUAGGAAAAACAAAAAGUUUAUAAGAUUUAAACAAUCCUAUAAUAACUAUUCAACAAUACUACAUAUUUUUUGGCAUCCUGUGACUAGAACUGAUAUCAACUUAUUGUAUCUUAUCAUUAGUACAAAUUAUGUUUCCAUUUUAAGUUAUCUAUAAACAGAGCAGAAUUAUUGGCAAAUGACACUGGAUGUCUGGUCAACAGGACUGUUUACCUGUAUUUUCAGUUUGUCAGAAAUGUGGAAAUGCAAGCAACCAUGAUUGCUUUAGUCUGCUGAAGUAUGGACAUAGUAUUGUCUAUAAAAAUAUGUAUGUAGCAAUUUGUGACAUUUGUAAAACUUCAUACUUGAUAACAUCUUACAAAUUUCCUUAAGCAAAUUUUAGGUGUUCAAAAUUUUAGGCCUCAGAAAAGACUAUUUUAACCUAUUCCUUUAAAAAUAGGUUUAAACUGCAUUUCAGUUUGACUCAUUGGAUUUCUGAAAUCAUGAAAAUUUGAAUUUUAAACUUGGAUAAAAGAGUAGAUUUUCUUGUAAAUAGAGGUUUGCAAAUAUGAUAGCCACACUGGAGAAGUGUAUUGUUGUACAUAUAAAUCAUUUAGCCUGAUAUCUCAGAACUGAAUUUCAUUGAAAGGUUAAUCAGUCCAUAGACAUUAGUUUGUUGAUAUCACUGGUCUCUCAUCUUCAUUUGACUUUUGGCUAAAGGAUCGAAUAUUUUUGACAAGAGUUAUUGCCCUUUUUGCACAUGGGUACAAUGCCCAGUUGUUCAAGUACUAAUAAACUAACAUUUGAAAAUUAUCCAAAAGAUAGUUGAUGUGUUUGUUCUCUCUGCUCCGUUUCUCAAUUUUGUAUUAUUUGAUAGAGGUUUAGUCUCUGUAAAAUCUGACAGACGAAUGUAAAGUAACAACAGUAUAUUAUCUGUAAUGAAUUUAAAUGUGAUGUGUUCAGAUUUUUUUGUAUAUAAAUAAAAUGGAUUUUCUACCA